AUGUAUAUCUACGAUGAUAUUGACAUAAAAUUGAAAACCCUUUUCACAUCGGAAGAUCCCUGCCUUCAUUCGGCACAACAUCCACAAAAACAUCUGCCCGACCAAGAACGUGAACAAGAAGUUCACCCCAACCGUCACGCUCUGCCCCACUGCCCGAAUCUCCAGUGGGAAAAUCUCGCUCGGGAUCAACCAUCCCAGUGGGCCCCACGACACCCCAAACCCCGCCACAUAGAUCCCUAUCAGCACCAAUACCACAUAAGCAUACCCUCUGCUCAACCGUCCCUUGUCCCCCAAUUCAGCUCCCAUCAACACCCCAACCGCAACCUGCGAAGCCAACAUCGUCAGUCCACCACUCAUCAGCAAAAAACGCCUCCCGAACCUAUCCACGACAGCCAUCGACAAAAGAGUCGUGAAAAUGCCAACGACGCCCGUCAUCACGCUCGACAGCAAAGAUGCGCUCUCACCAAAACCGAUCGUCCGGAAGAGAAUCGGUGCGUAGAACGCAAUCACGUUGAUCCCCGUCACCUGCUGGAAAAACGGGAUGGCUACCGACAUCACGAGCUGGGGCCGGAAUUUCCCGAGUCUUUCGAGCUUCGGCUGGCCUCGAUGAGGUCGUCGAGCUCGGGCUGGACGUCGUGCAUGCCACGGGCUCGUUGUAGGGUCCGUUUGGCUUUCUCGGGAUUGUGGCCGCGCUGGAUUAGGCUGUUUGGGGUCUCAGGGAGGAAAAUCGCGCCUAACGUUAAGACGGAGGCUGGGACUGCAGCUAGGGCCAGCGAGAGCCGCCAACCCCAGCCGGAUUUUAUUUUUUCCGAGCCAUAG